UAUCAGUAUUGCUCCUUAGAUUUUUCUAUCUGAGACACUUAAAUCGUUGCCAUUGUGUUUAUUUCUUAUAUAUCAAUAAUAUCAAGUCAGAAUUGGAAACGAUUCAUAGCUAAACCAUAGCUUAACACACCGGAGGAAUGACCAUGCAAUGAUCAUAUGACAAAGUGUCACUUAUAGUCUUGACAUCACAUCUCCACUCUCCCCCCAUAGUUUAACAAUAUUUGCUAAUUUCGUAGCUGAAAAACGAAUUAUAACGCAACACCUAUUUUUGCAGGAACUAUCCAACUGAGUAUUUCUAUGCAGAUAUAUUUUUUUAUUCGGGCACGUUUUGGCUAGACAGCCCUUAGCUUAGAUAACGCAACGUAACUUGACCGGGUUAGCGCUUCGCAACAAGGUACAUUUCAGCCAAAUAAGAGGGAAUUACAUGGUUAAUUAUCAGAAUUUAGCCUAAGAAACUCUGCUUCUACCGACCUUGCUAUGCUUUGGCGAAGUGACGAUUGAAUCAAACCUCGUGAGUGGGCUAAGAUAGGAUCAUGCUUUGUUCAAGUUGUUUAUGAUCAGACUGAGCAUGCGCAUUACAAAAAAUCCAAUAUAAAAACUAAAAAACAACCAACAAUAGACUAUCAGUAUCACAGAUUAUUGCAAUAACAGGAACCAGGAGGCUAAUUAAGAUGAACGUCGCGUUGUUCUCAGCUGUGCUGCUACUCGGCAUUGGUGCCUCACAAACGCGUCCGAUGACUGCGUCCCCGGUCGCGAUCAGUCUAUACUACGAAAGCAUGUGCGGUGGCUGCCGCGAUAUGAUUCGCGACCAGUUAUACCCUACCUUCCAAAAGGUAGGCUCUAUCAUGGACAUCACUUUAGUGCCUUACGGCAACGCCCAAGAGUACAGGUACGGCAACAAAUGGGUGUUCAACUGCCAGCAUGGUCAGGGGGAGUGUGAGGGAAACAUCAUAGAAGUGUGUGCUAUUAACGUCCUAAAGAACAUCAGCGCAUAUUUCCCAUUUAUCCACUGCUUUGAGCAGUUCAUUUCCUCGUAUAACCCGAGUAGUACGGCCCAGUAUUGCGCAAAACAGCUCGGGAUUGAUUACGCGCCGAUAGAAAAGUGCGCGAGCGGCCUGCAAGGAAAUGAGUUGGAACACGAAAUGGGAGUGGAGACAGACGCGCUGGUCCCGAGACAUAACUACGUCCCGUGGGUGACACUGAAUGGGGAGCACACAGAAGAGAUUCAGAAUCAAGCGACUUUUAACAUGCUUGGGCUUGUUUGCGAUAACUACCAAGGCGCCAGGCCGGCUGCCUGUGGGAACUAGGUGGACAGUUGUGGCAGAAAAAAAAAACUAGCCCCCGAUAUCUCCAACCAAAAGGUGGAACUUAUUCUCUUUUGAAAAUAUAAAUAAAAAUGUACCUCAAGAAUUAUCAUGAGCCAAUGUUGCAAGAAUAAAGUAUAUUAAAUAUCCGUA